UGCUGUUGUGGGUUAGUCCUGAAUUUCGACAAAAAAUAAAUAACAAAAUUAAUUAAAUGAACUUUGUAAUUCAAAAAAUAUCAAAAAAUCGAGUUAAAUAUUUAGUUUCCGGUUAAAAUAAUUAAGUUUAGAUAAAUUGAUGUUUGCUUUUUGUGCUCUUUUUAAAUUAUUGAGACAUUUUGUUUUAUAAAUCCGAAUAACUUCCGCCUUUUUGAUAGGUUUGAGGAAUUUAAACGAGAUUUGAUUUUGGCAUUCAAAUCGGAUUUAGUUUAAUUGUUUUUAUUUUUAUUUGUGUUAUCUUUUGUUAUUAAUUUAAUGGAGAUUAUUUUCACUUUGGUGUAUUGAAAUGUUUUAGCACACACGUGGUGUUUCUUGUUGUUGUUGGUGCGAUCUAAAGUGCCAGAGGAUAUUUAGAUACUUGUUGCGUGUUUCUAAACAAUACAAACAAAAUUCAGUUGGUGUCAAUUUAUUUCGUGCGCGUCGGACAAACGUUUAGAGAUUAUAAAGAUUACUUGGUGACAAAAAAAAUUCAAACAAAAACCAAAACAGAACACUAAUUCUUGAUUUCUUUUAUUUUGAAUUUGGUUUUUCUUAAACAAAAAUACUCAAGUUUGUCGGAAAGUGAUUUAAAAUAAAUCAGUUGCUCAAAAGGAGUAAAUUAUAAUUAAUGUUCAGAAAUGGUUGACAUUUGAAUAUAAUCGGACACAUGGACCAAAGAGUGCCAAGAACCCGUGAUAUCACUUCCGGCAGUAUUUUCGUUCAGACACACUGAAAACCUGAAACUCAAACCGACACUAACUCCAAUCGAGCAACAAAAUUAAAAAAAGGAAACAACAAAAUAUUCAACUUUUCAACAUUUGUGGGUUUUUAAGAGAAUUGUUCGAGAUCUCUUAAUCUGCGCAGGGCGAGUUCUCUUUUGAGAUAUCCAGAAGCAACAACAGCAAGAAGAGUAUAAAUUGUAUCUGCAACAUUGUUUCCCACAAGAGCAGCACACAACAUUUAAGCAUCCGUUGGUUUCGUGUCGUCGGUAUUUUGGCAUCCUUGAGACGUAAAGUGGUCCAUUGGAGCUGGAACCAAUUUUAGUUUAGUUUAGACGGUUGGCUCGAAUGCAAGUCAGGACAUCAUUUGUUGCAUUGGAUCAGCGGACUUCUUUGACAGUGGAGCCGACUUGCCCAAAAAGAAAAAAAUGCGAUAUGGAUCGAGAACGAGAAAGAGACGUGAAAUCCAUCGAACCCCGAGAUCUCUCAUCUACCGGAAGAAUAUUUGCCAGGAAUGAUAUAAAAAUCAGUGCAUCUCCAACUGUCUCACCGACGAUCUCAAAUUCAUCUUCGCCCACACCAACCCCACCGGCCAGUUCAUCAGUACCGCCAGUUGGAGUUGGUGGUGGCGGUGGAGGAGGUGGUGGUGGAAGCAGUAGUACCUCUUCAGGAGCUACCUCUUAUUUGCAUACGAAUCACAAGCCCAUCACUGGUAUUCCAUGUGUAGCAGCAGCAUCACGUUACACAGCUCCAGUUCAUAUUGAUGUAGGUGGAACGAUAUACACAAGUUCCCUAGAGACUCUAACCAAAUAUCCAGACUCAAAACUGGCUCGGCUAUUUAAUGGGUCUAUACCAAUUGUACUGGAUUCAUUGAAGCAACACUACUUUAUCGACCGUGAUGGAGGAAUGUUCAGGCAUGUACUGAAUUUCAUGAGAAACUCAAGGCUCUUGAUAGCUGAUGAUUUUCCCGACUUGGAGCUUCUGCUGGAGGAGGCAAAAUACUUUGAAAUUGAACCAAUGAUAAAACAGUUGGAGACUAUGCGGAAAGACCGAGUCCGAAAUGGUAACUAUCUGAUAUCACCUCCACCGCCAGCAAGGAUAAAAUCGUCGCCCCGUAUCGGCUCGACAGAAUACAACUUCGAAGUAGUCGCCCUGCACAUUUCUCCAGACCUUGGUGAACGAAUUAUGCUAUCAGCAGAACGCUCUCUCCUCGAUGAGGUCUUCCCCGAAGUCAAUCAAGGCACUCAGGCUAGCCGAACUGGGGUGUCCUGGAAUCAGGGUGAUUGGCGACAGAUCAUCCGCUUUCCACUUAACGGUUAUUGCAAACUGAAUUCCGUACAGGUGCUAACACGGUUGCUGAACGCUGGCUUUUCCAUCGAAGCAAGUACUGGUGGUGGAGUUGAGGGACAGCAAUUUUCCGAGUAUCUUCUGGUGCGGCGGAUUCCUAUGUGAUAGUGCCUCUGUGCGGGGUGUUAUGAGGUUCGUUGAGUUUCGUUCGGCUUCAAGCUGGCCGCCACGCAACGUUCUAAGCCUCUCUUAAAUUAAUGAUAAAGAAUCUUUGUAUUAAGUUAUAAUAAGCAGUCCUGUUUGUUUUAGUUUUGAGAUCUUUUUCUUUUGUGUUUGUUGUUCUCUGUGAAGUAUAUUUUUUUUUUUGAUUUUUGACUAAAGUAUAAUAAGUAGAUACAAAUUUAAGUAAAUUAAACGAAUAACAAAAACAAAACAAAAUAGCUCUUAGAUGAUACGAAUUUUAUGGUAUAAGAUGCAAUUUAAAUUGAAAAAAAAAGUCAAUAAUAAACAGUCUAUGUGUAAUCUUUGGAAAAGAACUGAUUAAUUAUUUUCUAGUUUUUAAAGUAAAUUUUAUCAUAAUAAAUAAACAGAUCAAAUAAAUGUAAAAUCUCUUAAGACAUCACGAUAAAAUUGUAUCUACUGAUAUCAUUAUUAUAAGGGUGCAUAACUUUCAUUAUCAAGAUCAAGAAUUGAACUAAAUUUCAAAACAAAAUUGAUGUUUUCUUCGACAUAGUGUAAUAAAUGAAAAAUACCAUAAUGAUGCAUAAAUGAAAUGAAAAUAAAUUGAGUUUUGUAUAAUCUUUCACAAUCACUGAUUCAUAUGAAUAUUUAAGUAUUGAAAUAAUAAAAUCAGUGGAAUUAAAGUAAAUUAAAUUUAGGAAAAAUAAAAUUACUUGUAAAGUGGAUACCUACCCU